UCUUCCGCUUAUCAACAUAAACUUGGCUACAUUUGCUCAAAAAUACGUACAAUCAUAUUUCACUAAAUGAUUUCACCGUAUAAUUGUGUUUAAUAAUUAAUCAUAGCCACGUAUGUGAUGUGAAUUCUGACAGGAAUAUUGAUUGUCAAUAAAAUUGAAAGGUGGCAAUCAAAUUAUAAAUCAAAAUGCCAAGUAUACGUGCACGUUUUAUUGUAUUGACGGUAACCGUGUCAGUAGCUGCCGCUGCAAAUGACACACUUUUUAAAAUUCCACUUUUCGAAGUUGGUGAAAUUUACAUGAAGCGAGUAGUAAAUUCAGGACUAAUGGACGAAAUGCCGAAUUACAUGAAUUUGUAUUCUCCCACAUUCUAUAUUAUUUUGACCGUGUUAAGUGUAGCGGGAUAUAUUCUAUACGGAUUAAUAUUCCGGCCGAUUGACCGGGUACGGUUUUUAAGUGAUGUUGGGUACCGCCCGGAUGGAAGAUUUUCCAAAAAGGAAAUAGCGAACAGCGUAAUGAAGCGGAGAGUCGUCGGGAACAUUCCACCGGUGUAUCCUAACGGAUGGUUUGGUGUUAUGGAAAGUUGGAAGCUUAAGAACGAACCAGUUUAUGUGUCUGUGUUAGGCGAGCAGCUGGUUGUAUUUAGAGGCGAUAAAGGGGAGGUCCACGUUCUUGACGCAUAUUGUCCUCACAUGGGAGCAAAUUUAGGCGUCGGGGGUCGAGUAGUAGGUGAUUGCAUAGAAUGUCCUUUCCACGGAUGGAAGUUUAGAGGUCACGAUGGAAAAUGUGUUCAAGUACCAUACAGCGAAAAAGUGCCAGAUUUUGCCAAAGUCAAGUCUUGGACAAGCGUAGAAAUCAAUGGUUGGGUGCACAUUUGGUACCACGCGGAGGGAAUUGAACCGACCUGGAAACUGCCAGAACUUGAAGAGAUUUCAAACGGAAGGUGGCAAUAUAAGGGGCGGACUGAACAUUACAUAAAUGCACAUAUAGAGGAAAUUCCAGAAAACGGGGCGGAUGUUGCACACUUGAAACAAGUUCAUGAACCUUUCAUGGCUGCUGGUACGGAUCUUACCACAAUGUGGAGCAAGUAUUUUAGCUGGGGUCAGCACAAGUGGAAAGCUAGCUGGCACCAGAUGUCCAGCCCAGAUGAGCAUGUUGGCUGCAUGACAGUUUUCCAUGAUCUUAAAUUUUUCGGAAUCAGUUUGCCACUUGUUAAAGUAAAAGUAAAUGCGAUGCAGAUUGGACCUGGCGUUGUUUACCUAACAAUUGAUGGUUCGAUUUUUAAAGGAGCGUGGCUUCAUUACCUUACACCUGUCGAACCGUUGGUACAAAAAUUGGUACACAACCUUUACAUGCAUUGGACUGUACCAAAUAUCGUCGCCAAAUUUUUCAUGUUAACGGAAGCUAUACAGAUUGAGAGAGAUAUAAUGAUCUGGAACAACAAGAAGUUUGAGGCAAAACCUGUAUUUACUAGAACAAUGGAGGACAGUUUGAUAGCCCGUCACAGACGCUGGUACCAACAGUUUUAUUCUGAACACAGUCCAAGAUUGAAGUUCCAGAAAGACACGCUUGAUUGGUGAUAACAUAACUAUUCCGAACACAGUCCAAGAUCGAAGUUCCAAGCAAUCGCGCUUGAUUGGUGAUAACAUAACUAUUCCGAGCACAGUCCAAGAUUGAAGUUCCAAGCAAACGCGCUUGAUUGGUGGUGAUUCCAGUUAGUCAAAUCUUUGAUUAAAACAGCAUAUAGGAACACUGUAAAAUGGCGUUAAAAACCUAGAAUAACUUCUUUUGAUUUAUAUAUAUACAUGUACUCAUAAAAAAAUAUUUAAUUUUAUUGAGAAAAAUAUAAUGUGCCACCAGUAACAGCUUCUUUUCAAUAUUCAUUUUUCAAUCGUCACCUGAUUGGACCAUUCUGCCAUUAUUAUAUAUAACUUAUUUAUUUAUUGCUAUUUUUAACAAAUGAAUGCAUUUCUGUUUCAGAGAAUAUAUAAUUUCACUACUUCGUUGAAGUUUGAUUUCAACUUAGCUUGCGAAUACAUUCCUGAAAACAGAAACGUUAAUUUCGCAUUUUUUUCAAUUUAAUCGUCUCAUGUAAUCAAAACAUUGCAUUACACGAUUCAUAUGUCAUUGCAUUUGAAUUCUUGCUAAUUUAUUACAUUUUUCAGACUUAUUUAUUACAUUAUUUAGACUUGUUCAUAACUUUUUUCAGACUUUUCUAUUACAUUUGUUUCGGUGAGUUACGGGAAUGUAAGAAUGAAAUAGUAUACUAGUAAAUCAAGAAAUUGUUAAACAGGUAAAAAGUUAUCUUAAACAUGAAAUAAAAAAGAAAACUUAUUUCUUUUAAAUGUAAGAUCAAAAUAUAUUCACCCGAGAGCGCCAUAUCUUGAUUUUUUACUAGUUGCCAGGCCACUCUUGAGAACAUGAUCUGGUAUUCACUUAUAUGGAAAGAUAUUUCAGUUAUACAUUGUAAUUUUUAAUGAAGAAAAAUCAAAAGCUUUCAUUCAGUUCUAAUUUGUGUAUAGAAUUUCACCAUUAAAGAAGCAUGUCUCAAGAUUUUUGUCAAUUUUACGAAAAUUAAAAUUAGUUUAAGGUUGUUACUUUUAGUGAAUAAAACGUCAAAACACAUGAUGCAAUAGCAACUUGAAUAAGAAAACUAACGUAGACUGUAAUUGUAUUGUGUUAUUCACGCAGUAAAACAUUGAUGUGAAAAUAGUAGGAUUUUAACUACAUUUAUAUUAAACUAAUAAAGUAUUUACUUAAUAAAUUUUGAUUUCUGAA